AUGCCCACGCCUGCCGCCAAUCUAACACCGUCGGGGCCGCUUCCGGGAACUAGUGGAGCGAGCACGCCAGUGACAGAGACUAUAGCGAUUCAGGACCUUGAGAACGGCAAAUUGGACGUCGAUUCUAUCAUCUUGGAAAUACAAGAUCUCCGAUCUCAGAUUAGUGGUUUGCGGUACGAAAUGGCCCGCUACAUAAGGCUUCUGGCCUCUGUGGAUGAGGAUACCACGUCAUCGGUGUUUUAUCACGAGGUGGCGACGCAGAUCAACUUGCUCAAGAGCAAUCUGGAUGCGUAUCAGAAUGCAUACAAAAGGCUACUGCCAGUGGUCAGGUACGCCAAGCUCAAAAUGGGAGCCAAUCCUGAGGAUCAGAUCAAGGUUGAACCCCAUGAGGUGAAGAUCGAAACCAAGUAUCUGAACGAACAAUCUCUCAACAGGACGGAGUCCUCGAAAAAUCCGCUUGUUUCCUCGGUAGAGAUGGGUGGGCCGCUGUCUUCGGGCAGCGUAGGCUCACCAGGGACGAGGAAUAGCGCCACGAAACGGCCGCCUUCGAAAGCGAAGCCAGCACCCAAAAAGAAAUAG